UUACCCACAUCGGCUUUUUAUGAUUUCUUCUUCUCUUAUUUGCAAGCAAAACGGCGUAAAGACUCAAUCUUUUUCUCCUCCGAUCUCACAGAGAUGAACGCCGCUAUUAGAGCAGCGAUUCUCAGACCACAGAGCUACUCUUCUCAGCUGAAAGUCGCGUUUUUUCAUUCAACCCCUGUCUUAGAACGCAAACGUCGUACCUCCUGGGAAUCGAAAUCAAAUGUUCACAAGAAGAGGUUUAGAAGGAUGAGAGAAAAGCAAGAAUUAUUGCGGAAUGUGAAUGCUUUUGCAGCAAACAUGUUUACGAGCUGGCAUGAUGAGUUUGAUGACGAUGGUCCCAACUCUCGAAAGCAAAACUCGUGGUUCAAAAAACAGUACUCCAAGGAACCCAAAGGAAACCAGAAUAGCAAACACGGCCCUUACAGUUGGGGUAAAAGGCAUUUUGAAUUUUGUGAAGUUGAUGACGACUUCGACGUAGACUAUGUAUUCCGAACCGCUUUUGGUGGAACCCGAGGUUUCUCUUUUUCAUUCACCCAUGAAGAGGAUGAACCUCGAUGGCGACAUCACUCUUCAAGGUUUUCCAACAAUUCUAAGAAGUCUUGGAGAUCAAAAUAUCGGUUAGAUGAAGAUGAAGAAGAAGAUGACUAUACUUCAGAGUCCAGCGACUCUGAGUCUGAGUCAAACAACCAAGUGUCUCAUAGACAAGCACUUGGCCUGAGUCCUUCGGGCCCUUUAAACCUUAAAGAUGUCAAAGAUGCAUAUCGAACUUGUGCAUUAAAAUGGCAUCCAGAUCGUCAUCAAGGCUCUACCAAGGUGGCGGCUGAAGCAAAGUUCAAGCUCUGCAGUGUGGCUUAUCAAUCUUUAUGCGAAAAGCUAUCGGUGAACUAAUUAUAGAGAGAGUUAGAUGAUAGGUUUUGAUUACACACUUAGUGAUAUCUCAUUACAAUAAAUUUCAAAAAUUGUUACACUUUCUAAAGCUUUGCUCAAAAAGCAAAAGCUCACUACAAGAUCCAAGCUUUUUAUCUGGUUCUGUCUCUAGCCUCUGGUUCUCUACAAGAUCCAAGCUUUUUAUCUAGCCUCUGGUUCUGUCUUAUUUUAUCUCUCAUCCCCUGCUUUUUUGCCUUUCAUCGAUUUGUCCUUUUUUCAA